AUGUCCUCAAAAAACCCCUCCAUCAGCGAAAAGGUCAGCGUCCCGAGUACCGAAUCGAAAGACUCCGCUUCGCCCUUACUCAGGAAUACUCUGGGAGGCUCCAAUGCUGGGCAGGCACAACAAUCCUCAGGCGAAGAAACAUCCGUCAAGCCGCGUAAGCGGGAUUUUUGGAAAUUUGGCAAGAAACAGGAAGAGGACAAACCACAAGAGAAGGGUAAGGCGCCGGUUUCGCCCAAACCGAAAACCUCCACUGUUAGUCCGUCAGUUGGACUAAGCCCUGGAUCUCUGGCCGGAUCGGUAUCGCCGCAUAGGGGUUCUCUGGUUCACCCAUAUGGCCGGCCCGGUUCUCCCAGCUAUGCCUUCCACAACACCUCCCCGAGACCGCAAUCACCCGCGUCGUCGAUGAUAUUCGAGCGCAAUGUCCAGGAAGAAGUCCUUCCUCCGGAAACCUCUCCACACUUGCCCUCCCAUGUCAUUAUGGAAAAUCACAUUGCGCCGGCAUUGGAUGCAUCUGCUGAAGCAAUCACCAACGACAAGUUGGAUCCUGAUACGGUGGAAAUUGUUACGCAUGCCACACAUCAACCUGCAGCCGUUACCAUUACCGGGCUAGGGGGUGAGCAAUCGAUGGCUUCUUCUGUUGUGGAUGAGUCGCCCUCCCCACCAGUACACCGACAUGAUGCGGAUAAUGUGUCAACAUAUGGUUCUUUCGACUCAGGAGACGUCCGCCGGCUGAGUUUCAUUUCCUUUGCCGAUGUCGUCCACGGCGAGCAAGAGAUGGGCGUGGCUGACGCUCGACGCGACUCGGCACACUUGUCCGGGCAUCAAUCUCUGGUUCCUCCUCGAUCACCGUCGCCCAUUCGGUCUCCUACAUCUUCGGCCGCGUUUGGCACGUCCCCACCAACGAGCGUGACUGCGUCUAUGAAGGGAUUAGAACAAUCACCCCACCGUGGGCCACGAGGAACAGGAAGUCCAUUGCCUGGACAGAGCUCUCCAUUGGCACUGGGCAGUGAGGUCAACAUUGAAACGAUGAGACAGGCGCUGCGGAAGACCGGUAGUGGAGACUUGAGUCAUUUCCGCAGUACUCCGUCCAGCGCGGUAGGAAAUGAUGACGGGAGCUAUACUGAUCGACCAUUCCGUUGA